CGCAUUCAACCCGCCCCCGUCUCUGCCCAUAGGCUGCGCAGACCCUGGCGGCUGUCAAAGCCAUCUGCUUCAUUUGUCUGUGACAAUGUCGGUCAGCGCAGUCCAGGGUUUCCGCUGAGAGUGGUGCAGAGUCGGAUUUGUUUUGGAUGGAGGAAGAAUACCGGUAAACAAUCAGAGACUUGGAGUAGAAAGGUGCUGUUGGGAGUUGAUCCAGACCAUUGUGAGAAAGGCAGGAUGAACAUGGAAACCCUGAGCAAGGCAGAGCUGCUGAUGCUGUUCAGUGUCCUGGAGGGUGAGCUUGAAGCGAGAGACCUGGUCAUUGAAGCUCUUCGGGCGCAGCACAGGGAGUCAUUCAUCCAGAAGCGCUAUGGGAAAUACAAUGUGAGCGACCCCUUCCUGGCCCUGCAGAGAGACUAUGAGACUGUCCUGAAGGACAGGCGAGGAGAGGAGAGAGCAGCCUGCCCAAACCCCCUCUCCAUGCUCAAGCUAGUCAUGUCGCACUGCAAGACCAUGCAGGAGAAGAUGUUGUCUCAGCUGGCUGCUGCAGAGAGCAGGCACAGGAAGGUGAUCCUGGAUCUAGAGGAGGAGAGGCACAGGCACGCUCAGGACUCCGCCGAGGGAGACGAUGUCACUUACAUGCUGGAGAAGGAUCGGGAGCGUCUCCUACAGCAGCUGGACUUUGAGAAGUCGCAGGUAAAGAAGCUCGAAAAGGAGCAGAAGAAACAGUGGAUCCAGCUGGAGGAGGAGCGUGCUCAACACAAGCAGCUUUCCACGGCUUUGACCAAAGAAUGCAAACAAGCAACAGCCAAAGCAGCAGAGGAAGAGCAGAGAUCCGCGGAGCUGGUCCUGGCGCUGGAGCGAGAGCAGAGCACCGUGCACCAGCGAGAGCAAGAGCUGCAGGCAGAGAGGAAGCGAGGCCUGCACAUGGAGGCACAGGCUGAGAAACAGCUCUCGGACUUCGAUACCGAACGGGAGCAGCUGCGAGCCAGACUGAAGAAAGAAGAGAGCAGGACAAGGGAUCUGAAGGAAGAAGUGGCGCAGUUAAAGAAAGCCCUGGCAGAACUAAAAUCGGCAGGACAGACUCUGCAGGAAACGCACAGUCCGGUGUCUGUAGAGACUGAGUUUGACUGCGUCGAUCUGAUCUCUACCGCCUGCCAAACCGAAAGCUUCCGAAUGGAAACCACAGAUGGGCCGAGCGAGUCGACGUCACCUGCAGCAACCAAGCCCUCCGCCCUUCCUGCUCCGCACUGCCAUCUGAACGGCCUCGGCAGCUCCGCCACACCGAAAGCCAGUGAUCUGCCUGAAGGAAGAGAAACCGAUCCCCAGGACAAAGCGUUUGCAAACCAGGAGAACGGCUUGGAGAAUGGCAGCUCCAGUGGCAUUCAUUCACCAGCGUAUUCGGCUUCACAGCUUCUGAUGAGCGUCUCGCCAAGCAGCACGGCCUCUUCCUCUCUGACCUCAUCUCCGUGUUCCUCUCCGGUCUUAACCAAGCGGCUGGGGGGGAUUGCAGCUGGAAGCCCCGGAUAUCAGUCCUCGUACCAGGCAGGAAUCAACCAGCGCUUCCAUGCGGCUCGUCAUAAGUUCCAAGCUCAGUCUGAACAAGAUGGCACGCCGCAUUCACCCCGGGAUUUGUCCCCCACUGCUGUGGAUAAUACUGCCGCCAAGCAGAUGGCUCGCAAUACAGUGACCCAAGUCCUGUCUAGAUUCACCAACCAAGUGUGCAAACCCACUUCCCCAAACAGUUCGCCAUUCGGCACGGACUACAGAACCCUGGUCUCCUCCGGCUCUCCCAAAGGAGAGUCGAGUCACUCCAGCCCUUUGAGUCCCCUGUCACCGGGGAUCAAAUCUCCAACUAUACCCAGGGCUGAACGGGGAAACCCACCCCCAAUUCCACCGAAAAAGCCGGGGCUUUCCCAGUCACCAGCGUCUCCAAAUCCCUCGACCAAGUCAUCCAACCCAUCAAGCCAGCUGGUUUCCGCUGUGGACCUGCCGAACAGCUGCGGCCUGAACAACAGCGUGGCUGAAGUGGGCAAAGAGCUUGAUCUGUUAAUGCCAACAAGCAGCUAACUGCUGAGAUGGGCAAAGAGCUUGAUCUGUUAAUGCCAACAAGCAGCUAACUGCUGAGAUGGGCAAAGAGCUUGAUCUGUUGAUGCCAACAAGCAGCUAACUGCUGAGAUGGGCAAAGAGCUUGAUCUGUUAAUGCCAACAAGCAGCUAACUGCUGAGAUGGGCAAAGAGCUUGAUCUGUUGAUGCCAACAAGCAGCUAACUGAACCGCUCGCUGCUAAUAAGUUAGCUGAUUGUUGGCAUAAUUGGAUCAAGCUGUUUGAACAUCUCGACAGUUAGUUUAUAGAAACACUGUUUUACUUAUUUAUUUUUCUAAUAGAUGAAGUGGAUCAUUUUUUUCAUAUUUUUAUUUCCCUCGUAUUUUACACACGUGACUCUUCUUCCUACGCCUCACCAUAUCAAUCUGAAAAUCGAACACAGACUUGGGUAGUUUUCUAAUGAAAUAAGUGCCUACCUAUUAUUACUACUACCACCCACCCACAAUCACUGCAGCUGUUCAUCUAAAUCUCUUUCGAAUGAAACCAAAUGAGAAUGUAUUUAAAACAGACUUUAUAUUGUGCUCCUCCUUCUGUUCACUAUCCUAUACCUGUAGAAGUUGCAAAUACUUGAAAUCAUUGUAGUUUCAGCAUAUAGGACCCUGGUCUCCUGUCAUUGUCAGCUUGUUUAUCUAUGUUUGUGUCAUGUAGUAGAUUUAUUCACUAGCAGAUACACUGAAUUUUUUUUAUUAUUGUUUGCUAAAAAGCAAGUGAUAAUGCACACCAUUUUUUAAUGUAUCUUUUUAAUAUAAAUAUUUUAUAUAACGAAGUAACUAGGGGUGAAAAGAGAACCUGAUCUUCUUCAAGCUGCCGCUUGCUGUGAGUUCUGUAUCAUGCUUUUUCCGACAUUAGCAAUUUCACUGAUUUUAUACGAAUGCUUUGCAACUCAAAUAGUGAUGUUUUCCUUUCAACCCUUUUCAUAUUCCCUUUAUAGCUCACCUGAAUAUCUGCAUGUAAGAAAUAGGGUUAUAUAAAUAAGCUUCUGUUGUAAUGGAUGAUUGUCUAUAGCCAUGAAACAAGUCUCUUGACCAAGAGUAUCCAUGUACACACAUGUACCAGCAUUGCAAUAUUUUUUUACAGUAAUCUGAAGCCUUUUUCUAAUGGUGCUUAACUGUAUCAGCAAUAAAAUAAGAAAUGGAGGAAAGGAAGACGUUGGCCUUGGUGAAGCGCUCUUUUGAGAAGUGCUUUUACUCCCAUUUUCUGGGAUCAAUGAAUUGUCAGCACAAUGCACGAUGACUUCAGGGAAAUAAAUCUGAUUUCUUACUACUGCUAGCAAUGAGCAAACAGAAAAUGAUUUUUAUUGUGGCUGUGGUUGCCUGCAGUGAGCAGCAAGCCCUUUUAAAUAAUGUAUUUCAAUAAUGAAAUGUUUGAAAUGACAGAAGUCCUCUUGUACUGGUUUCUAGUCGCACUGUAACCUUCAGCUUGGCUCAGCACUUCCCUUCCUGAAGCAGCAAUUUAAUUCAAUGCUGUAUGAAAAUGUAUGUAACAAAAUAUUACAUAUACUAAAUACAGUUUAUGUGGUAGUUUGAACAGCAAGCUGUUCAGAGCAAACUUACAGCCUUCAUAUUUUGUAUUCCUUUGCUAAUAAGCUGGAUAGAUACAGGAAUGGUUACUGACCAUUGAGGAUCCUGACUGUCCUUCCCUUUGUCCCAUACAGCACAACAUACAGAUUAUGUAACGCAAUCAAACUUCACUCAGUAAUCUGUCCAAACUAAUUAAAGGCAGCGGAGCUGGCAAUAAAACCACUUUGUAGGGCUUUUUGAAUUGAGCUUCAUUGUAAAUUUGGAAUCACGGUAUUUUAAGAAUCUAAGUAGUGGCUUAAAAAAAACACAAAUUUAAAUGGCAGCCUUAUUUACCGUGAGUCUUUGAUUUUGUGCACCCUGAUAUGCAUUAAACGUGCCCUUUGGAAAUUUAAGAUAUUUUAUCAGUUAAACAGUUUUGCAGAACAGUCCAGAUUAAUAGCAAUGUCCUGCACUCUGAGUCUGGGCUGCAGUGCAUAAUUCAGUAGCACUGAGACUUUGUUUUUGUUUUUGAACCAUGUAGCCAAUGCCAGUAGUAUAAAUGAUGUACAUUAUUAUUACUAAACCAGCUCACAAUUUACCUAUAUUGUGGAUUGAACCUUCGUAUUGCCUACUGGGUCAGUGUUGUAUUCAAGUCUGAGCACUUUGAAUAUAGCUUGCAACACUCAUUUUAAUAGAAGAGCAGAUUGUUUGAGUGAUGUUGUGUGGUGUUAAUUACUUGUGAAAUGACAUCACCGGUUAGUUGAUUCUGUAAGUAAAGGGUAUUUAGUUUUUUUUAAGGCUUUUUUUGUUUUCCUCCCAAUAAGAAUAACUGAAGUCUUCCUGUAACCAGACAGCUCGUAUUAUAUUUUGUGUCCACUUAUUAUUAUGUCUUUUUUUGUAUAUGGACCAAAAUUGCGUAUGUAAAAAUAAAAUAACAUUUUAUAUAUUCAUAAUUAUACUAUACACAUAAACACAUAGGACAUGUAAUUAUUUUUCAAGCGUUAAGUGCUGUGAUGUGAUUUUCUUUGUUUAUUUGCAAAUGAUUUUACCCAUUAAAUGCUGCUACUAACACCAUGUAAUACUUUUGAAAGAUCACAAGUUAUGCAACUUCAAGUGCCUUUUGAAUUUGCAUAUUGUAUAGGUUUUAAUUCUACCUAUAUUUACAUGUACAUGCAAUCGGCAAUAAUCAAUAAAAUGUCAA